UGGAUUCCAUGUCUCGUACGCGCAUAACGCACGCCGCACACAGCGAUUUGACUCGAUCGCUUGAUUUGCUUCCUAACUUCGCGACUCCCCACAACUGUCUCGUCUCCCUAAUCCUCGAAAAAAAAUGUCUCGUCUCCCCCGUUCAGUCGUUCACCCAGGGCUCGGCCGCCGGACACAAGCCGUUAAUGGCAGAUCCCAGUCCGAAUUCAAGAAAGAUGCAUGAAAAAUGCAAUUAAUUUCAUCCACCUGGUACGUAUUGCUCUCUUUGGUUUUUAAAAUAUAACGAUUACAUUCGAAUGGUGAUAUGAUUGUAACAGUUAUAUUCUUUAUGUUGCCUCUGAGUGCUAUAGUCUUUGUAAGACGGUGUGAAAUUGGACUACGUACUAAUGAACAGAUAUCAAAUCCCUGUAGUUGGCUAUGCGCAUCCCCCCCACCCCCCUACAAAUUUUUUGUUCUCACGGCAAGCCAAUGAAUGAACCCAUCGGCUAAAUUUUCUAGCUCCGCCCCUGCAUACACUUCUACAAUGGACGAUUUAAAAAACCCUUCCCGAAUAAUCUCUUGAGCCGUUCGCGAUGAACGUAUUUGUGGUAGUGCACUGGUCAUCACCUCAGAUGAAUCCACAAGGACCACAACUAAUAUGACACGAGCCAUAGGAAUCUUCGCAUCUACGUGGAGGGAUCGACUUGGAAUAUUAUUAGAAUUAGUACAUUAGCUCUGCGAUCCCAAUUGCUUGCACUUCUUGUUUGGCUCCGCAGAGCAACGUGGCACCAAUCACAAGAGGAGAGACCAGAGAAUACCAUAUAUAGAGGCAGAGUUGUCCACUCCGCGCGCACACCCAGAAACCUAUUUCCUCUCCACCAUUGCACAAGCAACCAACAUCGGCAUUUGGCGACCUCCAUUGUCCCGUGGAGCUGGACAGGUCAAGGCUGUAGCUAAAAGGGUUUCCUGGUUUGGUACAUCCAACAAGCGCAAGCAUGGAGGAGAGACCAAUGGCCUCUUCCACUUCCUGCGAAGGCUCUGACCACGACGACAAGAACAAGAAGCACCACUGCGAGCUGAUCGGCUACGAGGCGCUGCCGGAGUGGCUCAAGGACAACGAGUACAUCCACGGCUACUACCGGUGCGAGUGGCCGAUGAAGGAGACCAUCCUCAGCAUCUUCUCCAUCCACAACGAGACCCUCAACGUCUGGUCGCAUUUGGUAGGAUUCCUGCUGUUCCUGUGCUUGACGAUCCUCACGGCAAUGGUGAUCCCACGGGACGGCUGCAGCGGCGACGGGAACACAUUUGACGACGCGCCAUCGACGAGGAGCUACUGGGGAGAUCUGAUGGCGAUGGCCAACAUGACAGGGGCGCUGAAGCACGAGGCAGCCGCCUGCCUCCUGCUGCCUCCAGCUGCCGCAGAUUUGCCUGGAAAUGAGGAGGAGAUCCCGAACAGCUGUCCACCCAACACAUCCUCCUCGCUCUCUCACCACCAUGUUGCCUUGAUCCAGGACGCCAGCGCGGCGCCACGGGCCGCGGACGACGCUGCCUCCGCCGAUCCGAUCACGCGGUGGCCGAUGUUCGCGUACCUGUGCGGAGCCAUGGUGUGCCUACUUACGAGCAGCGCUUGCCACCUGGUGCUGUGCCACUCGGAGAGAAUGGCGUACGUGACGCUCCGGCUGGACUAUGCCGGCAUCGCCGCCCUGAUCGUCACCUCCUUCUACCCGGUCGUCUACUACUCCUUCCUCUGCCAUCCGGGGCUGCAGCGGCUCUACAUGGGCUUCAUCACCGCCUUCGGCGCCGCGGCGGUCACGGCGUCGCUGGUGCCGGUGUUCCAGGCGCCCGAGUUCCGCCUGCUCCGCGCCGGGCUCUUCUCAUGCAUGGGCGUGUCGGGGCUCAUCCCCGUCGCGCACAAGCUCGUGCUGUACGGCGGCCGGCGGGAGGCCGCCGUGACGGCGUGCUACGAGGCGCUCAUGGGCGCGCUCUACGGGCUCGGCGCCGCCGUCUACGCGGCGCGCAUGCCGGAGCGGUGGUUCCCCGGGCGGUUCGACCUCGUCGGGCACAGCCACCAGCUGUUCCAUCUAUUCGUCAUCGCCGGCGCGUACGCGCACUACCUCGGUGGCGUCGAGUACCUCAAGUGGAGGGACGCCGACAGGUGCUGGUGACCGGCGGCAUGGCAUGGCAUGGCUACAGUUGUACAGCUACAUCUCCGGCUGAAGGUGCUUCCAUUAAUCCAACUGAAGAUGGUGGGAUCUGGCGUCAAGAAAUUGUGCAUUUUGUAGUGAAAGAGUACUGAGGUAUACAUUCAUAGGGGAUUGUUUGAUUGAUGAAAUGGAUGUGAGGCGUAAUUUGCAUGAAGAGAUUAAGAGCUGCUUAGCACCGGACAAGGGACAAUCUUGUGUAUAAUUGAUUGGAACCUCACCUUCAUGGUCUCGAAAGAAAAUGAGUGCAACUAAUGCUGUAACAAACAUAUGUAGAUAAACUUGGAUUCAGUGAUAAUUAUAUUCGUCAA